AUGGCGGCCGAGCAGGGACAUGCGCAGACCCAGACUAGUGUCGGCUACAUGUACCAGAGCGGUCAGGCUGUCGCUCAAGACUACGCUGAGGCAAUGAGGCGGUAUCGACGGGCUGCUGACCAAGAAGAGGCGGCUGCUCACAACAUAGGCCGACUGUACCUUUACGGCCUUGGCGUGACCCAGGACUAUACCCAGGCUAUGGAGUGGUUUGAAAAAGCAGCUGAUCAAGGAGAUGGUGAUGUUCAGGAGCACCACCCUCCUGUCCAGGCAAUCCGUCCUGUCUGCGAAACAGGGCAGACCAUGGCUCCCGCAAAUAUCACCCAUAUCGUCUGUCACCCAGAUUCAUCUUCUUCUGGAAAGGAUGUUAUCUUGUGGGAUGAUAUCAAGGCCGCCUUCGGAGAUGUCGCUCUUGUCCGGUCUGGGAGCAUCGUCCAGGCUUUUCUCAAAGGAAGAGACUUUAAAAACCUUGACCCGCUACGCAUUGCUGCAGUGCCUGGUGCCACAUUGGAAGUUGUCAUCAGAGGUCAACCAGCCCGGACAGAGUCCGCAGUACAACAGACGACAUCAAACAGAGCGAGCCUACAGGAACUGUCUCGGGAUGCCCUUCAGGAGACACAAAAGAGCGCGCGCCCUUCCAAAUACUCAUACAUCAGGAACCCAAUCCCGGCACGACCACGUCGCACCUUAAAAACAGCCUCCACGCAACAACUAUCCACCACCAUCGGGACCCCAAACACUUGCGACGUCCCCAAAGUAACCCCUCUGUCGCCACCACAACCCGCAUCCGAGGAGCCCGUUAGCGGAUCGGUAGCGGAUUUCAUAUCAACGAUGGUGACUGCACGGAGCGGCUGCCAGGAUGCACAGGCGGGUCUUGGCGCCAUGUACAUGGAUGGAAUUGGGGUGAGUCAGGACUAUAAGCAGGCCAUGGAAUGGCUCUUGAAGGCGGCCGAGCAAGGAAGUGCCUCUGCCCAAUGCAACAUCGGGAUUAUAUACGAGAACGGCAAGGGCGUUCCUCAGGACAGUUACAAAGCGGCACUUUGGCAUGCCAAGGCCGCCGAGCAAGAACAACGGUAUGCUCAGCAUAACCUCGGUUGCCUGUAUCGAGAUGGUCGAGGAGUUCCCAAAGACGAGGUCAAGGCCGCAGAGUUGUUCACCAAGGCAGCCGAACAGGGCCACUCGGACGCUCAGGAAAGUAUCGGUGUUGCGUAUGAAAAGGGACGAGGCGUGCCUCAGGACCAUGUUAAGGCCGCAGAAUGGUACCUCAAGUCUGCGGAGCAAGGAAAUUCUUUCUCCCAACACAAGCUCGGCACUCUGUAUCGUCUCGGGCAUGGUCUGGAGCAGGACCAUGGUCACUCGCUGGUCUGGUACCGCAAGGCAGCCGAACAAGGAUGCACAGCGGCCAUGUGCGCCAUCGGGUACAACUACCACUACGGUCACGGCGUCACCCAGGAUUACACCCAGGCCAUGGAGUGGUACAUCAAGGCGGCAGACUUAGGAAGCCCGGCGGCCCAAAACAACAUCGCCUCCAUGUACGAUGACGGUCAAGGUGUCCCUCAAGACUAUGAGACUGCCAUGGACUGGUUCCUGAAGGCGGCCGAACAAGGACUGGCUGCGGCGCAGAACAGUCUUGGGGUGAUGUAUCAGUACGGUCAGGGUGUGCUUCAGGAUUGUUCGUUGGCGGUUGAGUGGUAUCGGGAGGCGGCUGACCAGGGACAUGUGGAUGCGCAGUUCAACCUUGGGAAUAUGUAUGAAGAUGGGGAAGGGGUCGAGGUGGAUAAGACAGAGGCGAUGAUGUGGUACCAGAAGUCUGCUGAGCAGGGGAAUACGAAUGCCAAGAAACGACUUCAGAUCUUGAUCAACUUCACAUCGCUGCAGUUCUUGGUGCCUUUUUUGGAUGGCAUUGUCAAAGUCAGAGUGUCGCUCAGGACAACAAUAAAACAGGCAGGAUUCCAAACAUCGCAGUCAGCGCUAGCAGGAGUUGGCGGUCAUGAGGAAGCGGCGAUGGAGAACUACAACCAUACCGAUAACUCGGCAACUGCACCACUUAGCCGAGGACCACAAACUGUUCUGGGCGACUAA